GACAAGGAGGUUUUAUCAAGUGAAAUGAACUCUCGCAAGUGCCUUUCUAGACUGCCUGUAGAUUUGGGUGUAUGGCGUGGCCAUGGUUUUCGCUUGAGCUGGGCCCGAGUCUGUCCCAUUCCGCGCCAGCCGCUAGUUCUGAUAAGUCUUGCAUCUGGGCUAAAACAGGAGAAGGAUACAAUCGCGCCAUUGCAAAAACAGCAGAGGCAGACGGUAAUUCAUGCUGAUAAACAAUGUUUAGCUGACUCGGCCAACUCGUCUGAGUUCAACCGUACACUCUCGUUUGGCUUUGGCCGAUUGGCUUUCAACAGCUGGGCUCAACUCGUUGAGCCUGCUGAUGAGCACCUUCUUAACGCUGCUAUAUCUACCUCAAGCCAAGUUACUCAAUCUCAGGCCAUUUCGAAGGAUAUCGAACCCCAGCCAAUCAGUCAGGGUCUUAUUAACGUCGCUACUCCCCAACUAAUGCCUUCUUCUGGUUUGGCCCCAUUGCAUACUUAUUCUCAAGCUCUUGCUGCAUAUCUCACAAUACCUGAUGCCCUGCCUUCUGUAACAGCUUCAUGUAAGAACUUUGAUCUUAAUGCAUCACAUCGUAUGCGCAUGAUUCGACGUCUUCUUAGCCUAUGCCAGGCACUCUGGGGAGAACAUUUUCAUCACGAACGGCAGCAGCAGCACUUACACGACAACCAGAUCGUAUCUGAAGAUGGCAAUUCUAUGGCUGAUUCGCCAGCCAGCCAGCCUGGGGGUGCAACAGGUCCACUUUUCGAUUCUGACUUCAUUCAGGAAAAAAAAGACACAUACAGUGAGAUCGGUGAUGUUUGCGCUGCUACAACCGGUCCUUUGGACGAUUUAUCUACUCAAUUGAGUAGGGCUCAUGUGCAGGAUGAGAUCGCUAGCAAGUGCGCCCUCCGUCAACUGGUCAGAAAACAAGCACUUUCAGAAUGGAUCAGUUGUAACUCUGUGCUCAAGAUGAUGCUUCUCAAUGACGAUGCCGGUGAAACGUUUGUGAAUGUACCAAGUCAAUGUUCCAAUGCUGGAAAUCAUGAUUACUAUGGCAAAGGACACAGGUACGUUCUGUCUGGUCUCCCUGACGCUUCGGUCAAAUUGUGA